UAUCUGGUCUCCAUCGUGGGAUGUACCGGAAAUCUCAAAUUCACAAACUAGCAAGAUUUAUAUCAGAUAUGAAAUUACCUCCCUUGUCAUGGCGAGCUACGCAUCCUUAUGUGCUGGUAGAUCAUUUUGAAGAUUAUUACUCUCCACCAGAAAGAGUGCACAUGGACAAAAAAUGCGUUAGAAAUAUAACUUUGGAUGGCUAUCUUCGAGGUUGUGAUAUUAAGAAAGGAACUAAGUGCGAGGUUUGAUUUUCUUGCAAGUGUUGGAACCUAGUGAUUUUCAGUAUUAAUCACGUACGUCUGUGGAAAAAUCAGGAGUUGCUUUAAGAGUCCUGGACAAU